AUGGCUGCCUCUGAGCAAAGGCGGGCGCCUAGGCGAUGGAGCCCUACUUUAUCGAGAAAGGAAGCGAUUGCGAACUGGGUACAUGGUACAGAACGGGAUGGAGGCGCACCGCUGCGCGGCGAGGCCGGCCAUCGCCUACCCCACAUAGCGCAACCCCGCGCACGCCCUGAGGUGCGGCUACCAUUGGAUCAGGAUACCCAGGCAUGGUCACGCAUCCAGCAGCCAGCAUAUGACUAUGAUGAGUUUUAUGCUUUGCCCACUCCUGGCUCUGACUCUGAUUCCAUGUCGCCGCCAAUGAUACCAUCUGACACCGAGCACGACCAUGCAGAGACGGACGAUAUGCAGUCGAGUGUGUUCCAGCAAUUUUCGUCACCGUAUAUGUCGGAUCACAGCUGUUCAGGAUCUGUGCAGGCCCUCUUUGUUGCCACUGCCGCAGAUCCGAGCGGCUCCAGUAUUGCCUAUGGGAUGUUCGGUGGUCCUUUUAGCAUGUUGAACUCAGCGCACAUUCUCGGUGGCGAGGACCGUAUGCCACCCCAUAUGGCCCGACGCACACCACUCACUACUACAGCGCUUGUGCGACGCGCCGAACUUCGUGGCGUGAUUGCGGCGCUUCGUCAGCUUGCCCAGGUCCGGCAGGGCCGCCUUUGUGCCCAUCUCUGUGUGAGUUCAGCGUACGUGGCCAAAGCAUGGGGCACCUGGAUUCCGCAAUGGGAAACACAUGGCUGGCCCGGUGAGGAAGCAGAAGUCCGGUCUCGUACGCACCACCUGCGCACACCGCCUCGUCAACACAAUUUUCCCGAAACGCCGCGGCGUUCAAGAAACCAUCACAUGAUGGAGUCGCCCGGCCAACAAUCCUCGGAGAGUCUGACAGGCACGGAUUCAUCAACAAGCACACGGCGCUCAACGCGCCGCUUGGUUGACGAGGAUCUCUUACGUGAACUCGCGGGUCUUAGGACAGAGUUGGCGCGACUCGAUGCCCAAGGCAAGGCGCGUGUGUAUCUGUACCAGAUCGAAACCCAACAUAAUCCAGCAGUGGGCCUCGCCACCCAGUGUGUUGAAGGGGACGCCCCGCCUCUUGAGCCAGAAAUGCCACCCCAAGGCACACCUCUCCUGGGUAGUAUACCUAAAGAGCGGACUACAAGAACCGGAACGCUCGAGCCUAUACGUGUAUUCGGCCCCCCACUUGUAAAUGAUAAUGUCCCAGUGGCUUCUCCGUUGCCAGAGGAUGCGUAUCUCCGGUCACCGCAUCUAUCGCGAGCCAAGUCGCCUCUAGUGCCCUCUCCGUCCAUGCGACCGGUCAGCAGCCGCGCGGGAACACCCCGUUCGCGCACAGCCUCGCCCAUGGCAGAGGCAUCUCGACCUUUUUCACCAGGCGCCAGCCCGCAUGCGAAAGCGUCUCCUCUUGUGGUGUCUCGGUCCAAGCCGUCCCCGAUGUUAGCUCCUUCAGCGCUGACUCAAGGACCCUUUGAUGGCCUAACUCCGACGAUGCCUGCCGCUGGUCUUCCUCCAGGGUCACCUGCUUAUGCUCCUUUGACAAUGGAGGCCCUCGAAGAGCAUGAUCGGCAAGUCGGCAGUCCGGAUUCCGAUCCACGUGCACAGCGCCGUCGCGCAAAGAGCACGCGUUCUAGCGUCAAGUCGGACAAUGCACAGUCACUCGUCCAUCGCCUGACUCCCCGCAUUUUUCGCCGCAAGCCAAAAAAUUCAGCUUUUCACAAAUCCCCGCCGGUGGGGGAAGGUGCCUUUCCAGCACCUGCCUCCGUCCCCCACAAACCGCAUCUGCGGACGGUCGCAUCUCAGCCGGCCCUCCGCGCUCGUGCACAAGAGGAGAGCACUGCGCCAAUAUCUGAGACGACGCCCAUGGCAUCUCCGAACCUUGCAGCCAAGUCGCCUCAUCUACCCAAGCGCGUCGGGAAUUCCGAGGCCACAGGCCUGCAGGUUCAAGGAUCACAGGCGACUGAGUUGGAGAAGCGUCAUGACGAGCUGGCGCGUCGUGAGAAAGAGUUAGCUCGCCGCGAGGUCGAAAUGACUCAAAUUCGAUUUGAGAUGGAGAGGCAAAAGAAGCCAAGCGACACCACCCGCUCCUCAGCAUGGGCUGCCCCUCGUGUCGCGCCAGAGGAACAGAGCGACUGGCUCUGGGAUGCUACACUGCGACGCACACCACGCCUUCCUUCCGCGUCUCUUUCUGAGGUCCACUCCAAAGAGCCUAAGCCAGGCCUGGCUCCUAUCACGAACAUGCGGGCCCUCGGUGCCCCCAAAUCUGCUGGACCGCCUCUGUCACGCGGCUCCCAAUGGGUUAUGUAUGAAGAGCGGCUGCCUACAAGUGCUGCCAGUGAUACUACGUCGGCGCGGUCAGAGACCACGUCUUCGUUGGGACUGUUUGUGGACAAGGGCUUUGGACAGGCUGCCACACUGCCGCCGUCGUCGCCGUAUGCUCGACGAACCGCCUCGAAUGCAAGUUCUUUGCAGUACACACUAGGCAAUCGUGGCGCCCUCGGUAGUGAUAGCAUCAGUGGCUACACGCCAUCUGAUGUGUCAGGUUCCACUGCCUUGCCUCCACCUGUCGGACGGACAUUGACGGCCGAGCUGCAUCGGCCCAGUGGCUACCAUGAGGCGUUGAUUGCCUCGAACCAGCCUUUGGACGACGUGCUUGCGCGUCCAUUCUCGGAGACGCAGCCUGGCGAUUUUGAGCUGUAUGAGAAAAUUGAUCAGACCUUUGUGACCUUAUCCAGCCGCGCGGACGCGUCGGCUCGUGCCGAGGACGGCACGCCCCUAUGCUCUGCAUGCGGUCUGCAGGACGGAUCUGUGCUCUAUGUGGGAUUCCGAGUGGAUUCGCAAGAGCCGUCGCUAGAAGAUGAGCUAGAUGUGAUGGAAGAGGGACCACCUGUGUAG